AUAAAUUAAAAAUAAGACCGGUGUCAGUGACACAGUUACUCCGCCGCAUAAAACCGGUGUCAUUGGUUUCUCACACACACUCUCCGCCCUAAUACUCUUCCGGCGCCGCGUGUUUCCUCCUCCUCACCACCACCAAACCGCACGCUCUUACCUCCGGCGCCGACAUGCCACCGCCACCAGAGCUUCCAGGGUUCUACUAUGACCCAGAGAAGAACAGGUACUUCCCCAUCAAAGGUCCAAUCCCUGGUUCUUCUUCUUCUUCAAAGCCUAAGACCAAAACCACUGACCUAAAUUCAUCACAACCCUCUUCCUCUAAGUUACAGCAGAAGAGUAGGAGUAGUUAUUGUUGGAAGGUUAGGAACAGAACUACUUCUAAUCUGCUUCAGGGUAGAGAGUUAGGUGGUCAUCAUGUUAGUGCCUCCCAUAGCUUCAGUGAGGAGUUCAGGAAAAUGCAAGCAUCUCAACCCGCUGUGUGGAAGUACCAGGGAACUGAUAAGAUCGGUAUUAGUGCUUUGGAGCACAUGAAAGUUGAUGUAAAGACGGCAGAGGGUCGAGUUGAAACUGAUGUUUUAUUGACUGGCAGCAUAAAUGGCACGCUGAGUUUUUGUGAAGUUGGAAGGGUUGGGCAAAAUUUUGACAGUGGUGUAACGUGGAUGCCAGAUCAUGUGAAGAAUUAUGUUGGAGGGAAAGCAGAUGAGCGUUAUGAGGUGCCAGGGCCAGUUUCCAGACCUAAUGGAGCUUCACUGAUUAUGUCCUCAAGAGUAUCCUGUAUAAGAUUGGGUUCAAAGUGCUCUUCCACUGCUGUGAAUGAUGAUCCUAUUGUUGGACAUGCGUUAUUUACUACUUUGGGGUCAGAGACAUCAGGUGGAUCACUUUUUACUCUUGGUCUUGUUGAACCAUUAGAUCUUGGACCAAGAAUACUGAACACAUGGAGCAGACUGGAGGAAAUUGCUUCCUUCAAGUGUACCCUUUGGACAGCAGAAUAUGAUUAUAAUAGACAUCGGGCUUCAAUAGGUACUAAUGUGGGAGGUGCUUUGGUGGAUCUUGAAACUAGGAAGACGUCAUGGUUUUUAACUUGUAAAAGUGAUGUUUUUGCUCAGCAGAUAGUUGAUUCAGGAAAUGUGAUUUUAUGUGGACUUAGAAAUGGGGCCAUUGUCACUGCAGAUUUUCGUGCGAAAAGAGAGAGACAUAAGCAUUUGAUAUCUAAUACAUCUUCAAAUAAGAAAGUUGGAAGUUCUAAUAAAGAAUGGUUCAAGCUCAAUGGAAACAUAUAUCCUUCUCAUACCAUUUGGAUGCCUUCAUCUAUAUCCAGCUUGGUGUCACUUCAGUUUGAUGAUCAGUACUUCUUGGCAAGCUCCAUGGAUGGAUCGAUAAGACUCUAUGAUCGCCGCCUGCUCCAGAGGGGUGCUGUCCAAUCUUAUGAAGGGCAUGUGAAUUCUCAUACAUGUAUACAGCUUGGUGUUGAUCCAUCUGAGAGAUUUGUUAUGUCAGGAGGGGAGGAUUGCAAGCUACGGUUAUGGAGCAUCAAGUCUGGCGAGCUUCUUUUUGAAGAUAAGUUCUCAGAUUCAGUUCUCUCUACCGUGUGCCAUCAAACAUGCAAAAGGACUUUUAAAGCAGAUGAAGGAAAUCAAUACAAGCAGGACUCUUCUUUGGGUGCAUGGCUUGGAUCACAUGAAGGACUAUUUUAUAUGCAUUGGUUAUGAGUGUGAAGGGUUGAGGUUUAGUACCAAUAGGUAUAGCUGCUAACUUUUCAAGGUGAAUAGGUCUACUUGCUAAGGACAUAAUGGAAAUGGAAGUAAGUUUCUGUACUGCCUGGUUGGUCUUGGUGUUAGCAUUUAGGUGAUCAAAUAACUUGUGAAUAUGCUGCUGAUACAGGUGACUAGUUACUUGGAGAUUAGAGCUACCAUUUAUAUUUGCACCAUAGCACAGGGGACUAGUUACUUUCUAGAUAGGGUUAUUUAAUAUUAACACACACAGUUCCCUAUUCAAAUACUGGUAUCUAAAACAAAUGGGUUGAAUACAAAUGUAUCCAGUGUUUUUUGUCA